AUGCGAGUGCAGGCGCUUCCAAUAGAAAUUCUCUUCCCUGUUCUGGCAAUUUUUGGAAUUCCAGCGAACCUGAUGACAGUGCUGAUUCUUUCCCAAGGGAAGUGCGGCCUUUCCAAAGGAAUCACUCACUACAUGAUUGCCAUGGCAACAGGAGAUCUGAUGGUCCUUGUUUUCAACGUGUUUGUGAGCCAGAUCUUCAAGUAUCAUUUCCCGGGCUCACUGCUGAGCUACACCCCCGCCUGCCGACUCAGUGCCUUCCUGCAAGGGCUCAGCAUCCAACUCUCCAUCUGGUUCACCAUCGCCUUCACCUUUGACCGCUUUGUAGCAAUUUGCUGCAACAAAUUGAAGGGGAGGUAUUGCACUGAAAGAAUGGCUAACGUAGUCAUAUUCAUCGUGAGUUCUCUUAACAUCAUGGUGAACAUUCCCUUGUCUUUUCGCUAUGAGCCCACUCAUGUUCUGAACAAUGUACAGUGGGGCUGCCGCACCGUCACUACUUACCUCACUUCACCGGUCUGGGCAGCUCACCGAUGGCUCACCAACAUCUCAAACAUGUUCCUUCCUAUUCCCCUGCUCCUGCUGUUGAACACUCUCACCGCCGGCCAUAUCCUAGCAGCCAGCAGAGUUCGCCGGGCUCUCAAGAGCAGCAAAGUUGACGCUGGGGAGAUGGGCAGAGACCCCGAGCUGAAGAGCAGGAGGACCUCCAUCAUUCUGCUCUUCACCAUCUCCAGCUGCUUCGUGGUGCUGUCAGCCCCCAUCACUAUUAUCCAUAUCUGCGUCAAGUUUACCCACAUGACGUCUUUCCAAGUUUCACACUCACUCUAUGUGGCAAUCAGGGCAGCGUUCCUGCUGAUGUGCACCAGCUCCUGCACAAACACUUGUAUUUAUGCACUGACCCAGAGGAGAUUCAGAGAGGAGGUGAAGACCUUGCUGAAAUCUCCUUAUGCUCGACUCAGAAAGUUAUGA